AUGUCUUACAAUCAUCACAAUUCUUGCGAUAAUUCCUACGUUCCUUCAACUAUUACACAUAAUGGUUAUCCAAUGGGAUAUAUGACUACUCAACCAACAAUUGCACCAAUUAUCACACCAAUCCAUCAAACUUCUCAUUCUCACUAUGCUCAAGUAGUAACAGUCACAGAAGGUUCACACCAUAAUCAUCGCCACAAUCAAGUUCACUAUUCAGAUAUGCACCAUUCUCACAAUCAUAAUUUUGACAAUCAUUAUCAUAAUCCACACCACUGCUGA